AUGGUGGUGCAAGUUUUGAAAAGGAUUGCACGUAGUGGAAGUAUCGUAAUUAUUUCAAUCCAUCAGCCGAGUUGUCGUAUUAUGGAGUUUAUCGACCGGAUUAUCGUCUUAUCUUCUGGACAGAGUGUAUUUAGCGAUUCUCCCGCUACUUUCCCUUUGUUCUUCUCAGAAUUUGGUUGUCCCAUACGGGAUAAAGAGAACAAUGCGGAAUUUACACUUGACCUAAUCAAAGAUCUUGAAGGAUCCUCUCAAGGAACAAGAGGGUUAGUCGAAUUCAACCGAAAUUGGCAAGAGAAUAAGCUUAGAGUUAGCCAAGAACCUCACCAUAACUCAUCAUCCUUGGAAGAAGCCAUUAAUGCAAGCAUUUUAAGAGGCAAACUUGUCUCUACUAAAUAUAGCUCGAUUCCUUCAUACGUGAAUCCUUGGUGGGUCGAGACCGUAAUCUUAGCUAAACGAUACAUGAUAAACUGGACUCGAACACCCGAGCUGAUCGGAACACGAGUUUUCAUAGUGAUGUUGACCGGUUUUCUCUUGGCUACGGUUUACUGGAGAGUAGAUGACUCUCCUCGAGGCGUCCAAGAGCGAUUAAGCUUCUUCUCUUUCGCAAUGGCAACAAUGUUUUACAGUUGCGCGGACGGAUUGCCUGCUUUUAUCCAAGAAAGAUACAUUUUCUUGAGAGAAACCGCACAUAACGCUUACCGAAGAUCUUCCUACGUUAUUUCUCACUCUCUAGUGACUCUGCCUCAUCUUUUCGCGCUUUCCGUCGGGUUUGCAGCCACCACCUUCUGGUUCGUUGGUCUAAACGGCGGUCUCGCGGGUUUCAUCUACUACCUUUUGAUCAUCUUCGCAUCGUUCUGGUCAGGAUGCUCUUUUGUUACAUUCGUCUCUGGUGUGAUUCCAAACGUGAUGAUGAGUUACAUGGUCACAUUUGGAUAUCUCUCUUACUGCCUUCUCUUCAGCGGAUUCUACAUCAAUAGAGAUCGUAUCCAUCUUUAUUGGAUAUGGAUUCACUACAUUUCUAUGCUAAAGUAUCCUUACGAAGCUGUUCUGCACAACGAGUUCGACGAUCCUUCACGUUGUUUCGUGAGAGGAGACCAAGUGUUUGAUAAUACAUUAAUGGAAGGAGUGUCUGAAACAAGGAAGGCAAAGCUUCUAGAGACGAUGAGCAGUUAUCUGGGGAUGGAGUUAACGGAAUCAACGUGUUUGAGGACGGGCUCUGAGUUGCUUAAACAGCAAGGAAUAGAACAAUUGGAUAAAUGGGGUUGCUUGUGGGUUACGUUAGCUUGGGGUUUCUUUUUUAGGAUCUUGUUUUAUUUUUCGUUGUUGUUUGGAAGUAAGAAUAAGAGGGCGUGA